UACAUGCCUCAUCUGUACACGUUAUCUUAUUACACGGUUGGAAAAUUAUAGAUAGACUUAUUCUAUGGAUUGGAUAUUUCUCAGAAGAAGCUUUAGAGAGUGGCAAUAGAAACAUUGAAAGAUUUAGAGAAAAACUUAAAAAAAAAUGCUCUAGAUGGCGAAAAGGUAAAGUUAUUUUAUUAGCAUCAUUAUCAUGUUGGAUAAUAUUCACCUUACCUUUGGGAUUCAUCCAACCACCUGCGACUUCAUGCUUGAUUUAUAAAAAUCAUUCUAGCUAUCUAUACGUACCUGACUCAGAUCAGAAAAUUGUAAAAAGGUCAACGGGUUCAGACAAAAAAUUGACUACAUUUCAAAAUCUUUAUCAUUCUGUAGAUUUAAGUGAUUCAAAAAAGUUCCAGAAUUCACAUUCAGUUAACAUUUUAAAUUUUCAAUUGCCACAUGUAGAUAGACAUAGUGAUCGUAUUCUGGAUUACAGUACUUGGAGAAGAAAAAAGGGAAUCGACGGUGAAGAGAAAACUUAUAAUCAAACUAAAAAUUCUAAAGAUAUGCGAAUCGAAUUUGAAACAUUUUUGGAACAUAAUAGACCAAAUAAUAUUCUCCAAUAUAACAGAUUACUGAAGAAUAAAGACUCUGGUACAAAUGCCGAUGUUAAAUCUUUUAAUAAAGAACAAGAUUGGAAUGAAAUCAGAACAAAAUCAAUAGCUGCAAAAGUUACGAUUAAGCGAGAAAUAUCACCAAUUAGUCCGGAAAAUUUAGAAAAUGUAGACCUGCAAUAUGAAUACAUCGACGAAAAUAAGAAAUUUGACAAUGUACAUGUCAUGCAUCGUUCUUUAGAAAAUACAGAUUAUACUAUACAAACGGUAUGGAAUCCUUUCACGCGAGUAUCAAGAAGCGCAAAAUUACAGUCACAUCAAGGAUUAAAUCCUAUUUCAGUUAAUAAAGCUGUCAAUUACAAAGAAACCGAUCAUAGAAGUUGGGUUAAACCAGCAUUUAGUUCAAUAGUAUAUAAAUUACCUGAUAUACAGAAAACAUUUUUCCUUCUAUUGCUACUUGUUAUUGUUGGCGAGUUCUUUGCUGCUCCUGCCAUUACAUUAGCAGAUUCUGCUGUGAUUACCCUUCUUGGCGAAGAUGCAGACAGAUAUGGUCAUCAGAGAAUGUUUGGAAGUCUAGGAUGGGGUCUAGCCAUGUUUUUUGUUGGAAUAGCAUUAGAUCACAGUACUGCAUUUCCAGAUCAUCCUUGUGGCCCUGAUCCGAAAGAAAAAAAUUAUACUAUUUGUUUUGCAAUAUUUAGUGUUUUGAUGGGGGCUGCCCUAAUUACGGCAACUCAAAUUAAUUUUAAAUAUGAUCCGAUUGUCUUGGAACCAGAAGUAAAGAAAGUUUCGACAGAAUUAACAAAAGAAGAACAGUUACAAAAUCAAUUAUCUCAACAAUUGAAUCUUCCAAGUUUACAAAAUUCAUUAGUAGAUACUACGAGUUCUAAGCCGCAAUCUCUAGAAGGAAAAACAAAAAUUUUUGCACAAACAACUCGUGAGAUUCCAGAAUGGAUUACAGUAAUGAAACAAUUCAAAGAUUUGAAAUGUGCUUCAUUUCUAUUUGUCGCUUGGUUUAUGGGAUUUGGCAUAGGACUUAUAUUUACAUUCUUAUUUUGGCAUCUUCAAGAUUAUGGAGGAACACCUACGCUAUUUGGCGUAGCAUCAGUCAUAAAUCAUAUUUCUGAAAUAUUUGCUUACUUCUUCAGUUUCAAACUUAUUCGUCAAAUGGGACAUGUUAAGGUAUUAUGUCUUGGGUUGGGAGGUAAUGUUUUACGGUUUCUUUAUAUAUCUUGGUUAAAAAAUCCAUGGUGGGUUUUACCAUUCGAAUUCAUGCAAGGCAUCACACAUGCUGCCGUAUGGGCUGCGUGUUGUAGUUAUAUUGCUCACAAUACUCCAAUGCCAUUACGACCAAGCGCACAGGGAGUACUGCAAGGAUUGCACCAUGGACUAGGUCGUGGAUGCGGUGCUGUUAUCGGGGGAUUAUUCGUAGCCUUGUAUGGUACCACAUUAACAUUUCGUAUUUAUGGAUUAAUUUGUUUGAUAGUAUUAGCAGCAUUUAUAUUUAUAAAUUUUUAUCGAAAAGAUACUGGAUUUGUGUCAGAUUUGCCACAAGCAGAAGAUCCACAUCAAGUUGCAGAAGUAACUCACUUAGCUCCGCAUGGCGUACCAAGUAAUGCCAUGCCCAGAGCACUAAGUUCAAACAGACUUCAAGAAUUAGCAAAUCAAGAAUAUAGUUAUGGUGCUACAUAUCAAGCAUCUAGUAGUAACUUAAAUGUUCCUGGUCAAGAAAGAGGUGAAUGAUAUAUAUAUAUAUAUAUAUAUAUAUAUAUAUAUAUAUAUAUAUAUAUAGUGUGGUUGUGUGUGUCUUAGUGUGGGUUUUUACGGAGAUUGUAGGGUAAGAGCAAUAUAGAUAGCAACCUGGUAGCUCGUACAGAACCUUCAAGGCUAUGCCAAUGUAAGUACCGAUAGUCUACGCUGUGACUAUCGAAAGGUUUUUAUGUAUAAUUUUGAGCAUUAUUCUAAUGUUCAUUACUGUGGUACCUAAAAAUUAUAAAUUAUGUUACAGUAGUACAAUAACUUGUAAUUAUCAUUUUAUAUUAUAUAUUAUUACUUAAAUAAUAAAUAUUUGAUUUACUAACAAUAAAUU